CUGUACGCUCGAGGACCUGACGCCGUUAGAGCUUGACAUUCUUCGGCGGACAGCCGACCUGGGGAUGAUUUCCUACGACGCUACUCCGACGUGUGAUGUAUACGACAGCAGCGCAUCGGAGUCGUGUUCGGGCUCUGAGGACGAGCAGGCGGCCAUGUCCGAGGACGAAGACGGCGCCUUUGACGAGACGGGGCGGAUCGGCAACACCGACUGGUGCCAGUGCGGAUGUUGCGCGCAGAUGCCGACAGCUGACGAGUGCGUCUGCUGCCGCGAGUACCCCGCCGCCGCGUCGAGGCAACCUGGCUGCCUAACAAGCAACCCGGAUUUCGAGACGGUGUGCUUGAAUCCGGGGGUGCUCGAGGUCGCCUACCUCAUGAUGCGCCACUACCGCCAGGACGGAAUGGGCACAACAGCGCACGAGCGCAACCGCUACGCCGCCUACCGGCAGUGCGUCCUGUGGCUGUGGCGGCGCCUUGGCCAGCACAACAGGCGACCACUGCAAUCCUGUGUGGUGAAGGCCAUCAGGGGCCGGUUUCCCGACACUUCGUAUUCUGGCUUUCGGUACAGUCACUGAAAGCCACUCUGGGGGCUCAAACAUAUGAGGGUAAGUCAAAACGUAUCUGCAAUGUGGCUAUAACGUUUCGUACAUUGUUUUUACUGACUUCUGUCUUCGUUUAUUUUAUUGUUAUGCCGUUGUGGUUCUGCUAUGAAAGUUUGACCAUAAUUCAUUUGUUU